ACUGCUUGCACUGCGUCUGGCAGCGGCUGCCGGCUCGUGGCUCCUGCCUCCAUCACCCCUCUACCCUCCCCACAGGUACCCUCACCACGCACCAUGCCGGUGCAUCCCGCCUCGUCGCGCACGCCGUCGCCCGAGCUGCGCGUCGCCACGGCCACGGCGCCGCCCACGGGCCCCACGACGGGCAACCACUCGCCCGUGCACGAGGCGCCGUCUGGUGCCCUCGGCGGCACGGCGCACAGCUCCGGCCCGGCGUCGCGGCGCGGCGGCCGUGUGCACUGGGACGGCCGGGCGUCUGCGGUGGACGCAGCGCAGGCCAGCGCCCCCGCUGCCUCCUCCUCCUCCACCGCCGCACCCAGCCUCGCCGCCGUGCACGCCGCACAGCGCCGCGUCCACGCCGUCGGCGGCGGCGCCACCAUCACCGUGCGCGGCGCCGCCAACCCGCGCCGCCAGCCGCCCAUCAUCACCUCGCCCGGCGGCGUCUCGCGCGCGGCGCACCCGGGCCCGCUGCAGCUCUCCGCUCGCCUCGGCGCAGACAGCGCCGCGCCUCCGCCGGCGCCCGAGUCGGCGCCGGCGUACGAGCAUGCCGGCUCGGCACCCGUCACGGGCCUCACGCUGACCGGCAGCAAGGGCUUGGAUGAGCAGGGGCUCGACUCGCGCGCCUUCCUUGAGCUGCAGCGUGAACUGCAGCGCCACGAGGCCGACAUCUCGCCAAACGACGCCGCUGAGGGCCAGGGCGUAGGACGUUCCUCGUCGCCUCACCACGCCGACGUGCAGCAGCAGCAGUACCAGCGCCGCCGGCAUGCCGCGCGCCGCAUCGACACGCCCGAGUGGGCGGCCAGCGCCAGUGUCAGCGGCACCAGCACGCCCGGCGGCGGCGACUGGACGUCCGACACGGGCAGCUACGACCCGGCAAACGACUCUGACCUGGGCCACAUCGACUUCCAGCCGGGCGAGACCGACGGCAUGCCGUCCAAGCCGCGCCGCCAGAAGACCAACGAGGCGCUCGAGGCGGCCGAACAGCCAAAGGGCUGGGCACGGCUGCGGGCGAUGAUGGGCCGCAAGGGCGACGGCGACGAGGAGGGCCUGCCCACCACGUCGCUGAGUCACGAUCAGGGCGGGCCCACGAACACCAAGAGCGUGCCGGUAGCCACCUCGAGCGGCGUGCACUCGGGGCCGCGACCGCGGCCGACCAAGUUCGAGCGCGACGCGGCUCGGCUGGUGCGCGCCCACCGCCUCAUGGCAGGACAAGGCAGCUCGCUGGACGGUGCCGGGCCAGCAGCUGCGCUCGGCCGCCUGCCGAGCAUCAACCGCAAGCACCUCGACUCAGAAGCGAGCACGCCCGAUGCGCUCGACACCGCUGCCAACCUCGAUGCGCGGCCCGUACACACCGGCGGCGUGCUAGGCAACCUGCUGCGCCUGUACGAGCAGCAGCAGCGCGAGGCUGAGCGCGAGAAGCGCGCCAUGGAGAGUGGCGCCACGAGUCCACUUGACUCGCCUGGCCCGCGAGAGAUGCGGCUGCAGCAGCAGGCUAUGCGCGAUAGCCACGACGCCAACAUGUCGGACCUUGUGGCCGCUGAGCUAGCGCGCGAGCGUGCCCACACUGCACCCAGUGUCUCGACGAACAGCCGGCGGGAUCGUGCGCGACGCAGCCUCUUCAGCAGCGGCACCUCGAGUCCGCGCACCUCGACGUACACGGCGGCCAUUGCCGACACGUCGGCCAAGGUGGCCGGCGUCACGAAGAAGGUGGCGCAGGUCGCGGCGCGCGAAGCCGGCUUUGACGAGCCGCUCGACGACCGGCCAAAGGCCAGUCGCUCGGCUGCCGGCACCAUCGGUGGCCUGAUCGCCGUGACGGGCAACCUGAUCGGCGCCGUCAGUCCUGCACACGCACAGCUCGGCCCCAAUCCCAAGCGGCCAGGCUACACGCUCGACCGCUAUCUGCUGCCCGAGAUGAACGAGAAGACGUUGCGCAAGACGGCCGAGCUCGUCGCCGAUGCGGCGCCACGGCCUGCACGUCGCUCUAUCCCGGGCACGCCGGGCAACCGGAGCGGCACCACGAGUCCUCUGCCCGACGACACGACGGCGGGCACGCCUGACGGCCACCCGCACUCGCCGAUCAAGGGGCGCGGCGGACGUGCGGCUGGCCUGCUGACGCCCGGACGGAGCCAAACGGGCGCCACGUAUGCCAGCUCAGAGCAGAAGAAUCACUAUCGUCUCAGCAGCAGCAUCGGCAACGUGCUGCACCACCGUCCCGGCAUGGGCCGCCACGCCUGGUCCAAGUCCGUUGUCAACACGCCCGACGGCCUCAACGCCGACGGCGGCGACUACUUCGGCAGCAUCGACCCCGAGAUGGACGAGAAGCUGCAGAAGAUCGAGUGGCAGCGCAAGCUCAAGAAGCGCGCCAAGGACAAGCGCAAGAAGGAGGAGAUCUUCAUCACCAUGCACGUCGCUGCCAUCCUGCAGCGACAGGAGUUCCUGCUCAAGCUCGCGCGUGCCCUCAUGAUGUUCGGCGCCCCCACGCACCGCAUCGAGACGCAGAUCCAGCAGACGGCGCGCGUGCUCGAGAUCAACUGCCGCUGCAUCUACCUGCCCAACCUGAUGCUGCUCGCCUUCGGCGACGACGCGACGCACACGAGCGAGACCAAGUUCAUCAAGCAGGCCGGCGGGCUCGACCUGACGAAGCUCACCGACAUGCACGCAAUCUACUGGAACGUCAUCCACGACAAGGUCGGCGUGGCCGAGGCGAGCCAGCAGCUCGACGAGCUGAUGCGCCGCAAGCCCGUCAUCGGCCUCUGGCCCAUGUGCAUCAUCGGCGGCUUCUGCUCGGCCUUCAUCUGCGUCGGCUCGAUGGGCUUCAACGGCAGUCUGCUCGACGCGCUCGCGGCGUUCCCGCUCGGCGUCUUCCUCGUCUUCUGCCAGAGCGUCAUCACCACCGAGCUCUUCUCCAACGUCUUCGAGAUCGUGUUCGCCGCCAUCAACUCCUUCGUCGCCUCGGCGCUCGCCUCGACCGAGUACUUCUGCUACGCCGCCGUCGUGUCCGGCUCCAUCGUGCUCAUCCUGCCCGGCUUCAUCGUGCUCUCCGGCUCGCUCGAGCUGCAGAGCAAGAACCUCAUCGCCGGCUCCGUGCGCCUCGUGUACGCCAUCAUCUACUCGCUCUUCCUCGGCUUUGGCCUCUCCAUUGGCUCGUCGUUCUGGCUGCUCUUCAGCGGCUCGCCCACCAGCCAGCUCACGACGUACGGCUGCAGCUCUGACGUGGUGCACCCGCCGGGCAUCUGGUGGCGGCAGACGGUGCCGCUCUACUACGCCCUCCUCACCGUGCCUGGCUUCUCCAUCUCCCUCUCGCUGCGCAACCAGGUCAAGGUGAACCGCAAGGAGUUCCCCGUCAUGGUGCUCAUUGCCUGCGCCGGCUGGGCGUGCAACCACUUCUCUGCCACGGCGCAGGCGCUCAAGGGCAGACAGGACAUCACCUCUGCGCUCGGCAGCCUCUGCGUCGGCAUCCUCGCCAACAUCUACGGGCGUAUCUUUGACGGUCGCGCCUUCGUCGUCGCUGUGCCAGGCAUCCUGUACCAGCUGCCGUCCGGUCUCUCCAACGGCGGCCUGCUCAACUUUGCCAACGUCGGCGAAGGCUCGAGCGCCACGCGCAACUUCAAUUCGGGCUUCCAGGUGGCGCAGAGCCUCGUCGAGGUCGCCAUUGGUCUCACCGUCGGCCUCUUCGCCGCCACCAUGCUUGCCUACAUCUUCGGCGGCCGCAAGAUCCGUGGCGGCGGCCUCUUCUCAUUCUAGACGGAAUGCUCCCUUCACGCACGCAUAGACAAAUGCUC